AUGAGUGAGGACGCGCAACCUUCGAUUCCCCCAACAAUAGACAAUCCACUGGCCAACCAAGAAACCGCCCAAUUAGAGGCCGAGGUCGAGGAAUUCCAUAAACGUGUUAGUCUCAACGGUGUCGUCGACUUGGAAAUCCUCAUCAGGGGCGCAAGGAUAGCACAACAGCGAUGGGGCGAUUUCCCACCCGGGUUCACCCCUGCGGAGUUCGAGGCUAUAAAAGCCGAGAAUUCGAAAAGUUAUUUGUCGUUCCUGCAAACUAGGGGUCUCCUCGUUACUGUUAUGGCUACGGCUUGUGCGGCAAUCACACAGUAUGUCUAUUCUGUUAGCCAAUCUGGUGGAGAAUCUUUUGACAAUUGUGAUAGGGGAUGGCAGCAAUCAACAAUCAAUGCCAGCGCUCUUUUAGAGUGGCAGGAUGAUCUUGGCCUCGAUACUGACACUGAUAUGCUUCUGAUUGGAUUCAUCAAUGCAGCUCCUUGGCUUUCGGGAAGUCUGAUAGGGACAUGGUUGAGUGAUCCACUACAAGAAAAGUUUGGAAGACGCCCCGCGCUCUUCAUUGCUGCUGUUUUCUGUGUCGCUCUUGUGAUAGGAACAGCUCGUUGCAAUUCAUGGAAGACACUACUCGUCUGUCGAGUACUCCUUGGUGUGGGGAUCGGAUCAAAAGCUUCUAUAGCCCCUAUAUUUGCCGCCGAAGCGGCACCUGAUAGACAUCGAGGGAAAGUCUUGAUGAUGUGGCAACUCUUCGAUGCACUUGGAAUAUUUCUCGGUUUCUUAUGCGCCCUAAUUGUAAUGGACAAUUGGAGAGUACUGCUCGCGACCGCGAUAAUUCCUGCCAUCGUCCUAUUAUUUUUGGUUUUUAUGUGUCCCGAGUCACCGCGAUUCCUCAUACAGAGGAAUCGAUAUCCCGAGGCAUAUAGAAGCCUCCUCGAGCUCCGAGGAACAUCCAUUCAAGCUGCCCGGGAUCUUUACUACAUCCAUGCCCAGCUUCAGACCGAGGCUGUCACAGUAUGGGACCGGCACGAAGGGAACUCAUGGUGGUCAGAGGGAGAGGAUAUCUACGCCUACCAAAAAUGGAUCAACAAAGGCAACUUCUUCAAGCGGAUGAUGUAUCUCGCUACCCACAAGCGAACUCGAAGAGCGUGCACGGUGGCUUUGAUUGUAAUGGCAUCGCAACAACUAUGUGGUAUCAACGUUUUAGCAUUCUAUUCCUCCUCGCUUUUGCACACUGAGUCCGGUGACUCGAGGGAACUGAGUGAAGCCCUGUUUACAUCUCACACGGCCGUCAAAUGGUAUAAUGUCGCCUUCGGUCUAGCCAGCUUUCUGUUUACUUUCCCUGCAUACAUAUACAUUGACCUGCGUGGCCGCCGACCCCUGCUACUUAUCUCAUUUAUUGGGAUGUUUUUCAGUCUGGUCGCAGUCAGCGGCUUCUUCAAAAUCGCGGACCAUGACACUCGGUUAAUCUUAAUCGCAGUAUUUACGAGUUUAUUCUUUGUGUUUUCCUACUCAAUUGGUGCUGGACCUAUUCCUUUCACACUGAGUGCGGAGGUGUUCCCUCUAUGCGUGGGAAUGAGCUUCAGUGUCAUGAUCAAUUUCCUUGGUCUUGGGCUGUUAGUACUUUUUGUGCCUCAGUUGACCAACAAAUUUGGGGGCCAGGCAAAUCUUCUCUUCUUCUUCUCAGGCAUGAACGUAUUGGCACUCAUCUUAAUUUUCUUGUUGGUCCCCGAAACCAAGGACGUGUCACUAGAGAACAUGAACUCGAUAUGUAAGGUGUUAUGCUUAAUCCAACUGGAUUCUGCUGAUAAUAUCACAGUCAACCGCACAACAAAAGAACAGGUUCUAAUUCACGCUCCGUCCUUUGAACCCCUCUAUCCGAAGUCAUCACGCCAGGGGGAUAGGGAGAGUAUAACUCUUGAAAGUAUGAAAUGA